AUGACGAAAUUAGAGAAUGGCAUUGCGCUUAAGGAAGAACAGUUUAAGACACCUUUCAGAUCAAUUCCUUCCAAUAACCGAUCUAAAGCUAGAGCUGGACUCGCAAUAUGGUAUUCAUUAUGGACCGCCUUCUUUCGAUGUCCGACAGACCUUACGGGGUUAAACGAACAAUCUCCUUUGGUUUGCAAGCCGUACUUGAUCGCACGCUCUCGUUUAGAGCCUCAUGUUACUCCAUACUACCGCAUUUACGCUGAACCCUACGCUAUGGCGGUGCGGCCCUACGCACUAGCCCUCCAAGAUCGGGUGUACAUCCCCGUCGCAAACAUCUCCUCAAAAACUUAUCGCACAUACGGAGCUCCUCGUGUCCAGCGAGUUCUACUAUAUUCUAAAUGCAAAUGGGACGCCCUUGUUUCUCCUCAGUUACAAUCAUUUAAACUAGCUAUGACUAGUUUUUAUGAUUCCACAAUUGGGCCUUACGUCGAAUAUGUGAAAGCAACCGUCAUUCCUCAAUAUGUAUCCGCUUCGGGACAGUUGGUCAGGUUUCGGGACGGAUAUGUAGUACCAGCAUAUUCUCGAUUGAAACCUGUUACUGAUGCGGUAUACGUUUCCACCCAUCGAUUUUUAGCUAGAACUGCGAUACCCUACAGUCGCAGGGGCUGGUCCGGUGUUGUUGCUUUUUUUAAUAAUACCCUACUGCCACGGUUGGCCGGCUUGUAUUUUGAGAAUGUAGAGCCUCAACUACUCAAGAUUGGUGCAAAACUUGCAAGCUAUCGCGAAGGCGGGAAAUUCAAGCGUUUGCAGGAAGAUGCCGAGAGGUUUGGACAUUCCCCGCCCUUUACUAUACACGGACAAUGUACUCACCCAGAAUCCUUUUGUAGCCUAACUGAAAGCUUUGCUUCUGCCACAAGUUUUCUCAAGCCAAGCAUGUCCGUGACACCUAUGCCUUCAGAACAAAUGAGCCCUAGCACCGAAACGGCAGCAUCAGCUUCGUCAACCCUUUCCCCAACUCGAGAACGAGCUCAAGAGCAAAUAGGCAGCGAUCUAAAAACAUGGCAAGAAAAGUUUGCUCUUGCCGCCGAUAAAGGCUGUGACGAGCUAGAAAAGGAGGUCGUGGCCGUUGUAGAGAAUUUGCGAAAUAGUGGUACUAUUGACGAAGGCGAGAAACUUGUAUCUGAAUUGGGAAAUGUAACGCAAAUCGAGCUCAAAGAGCUGAAAGCACGCAUCAAUGACAUCGUUCGCGGUUUAUCGGAGGAUGCUGAUUCUAACGAGGAAAAGGCGGCGCAACAGGCCCUGACGGAGGCCGUUAGAGCUUCGGGCUUUACCAUUAGGGAGCGAGCCCACUCCUUACGAACAUGGUUUGACGAAUACGAUGGCGGUCUUAUGCAACACAUCUCUGCGGUUGUGGGAUCCACGCUCGACAUUCUAGAUAACAUCCGCGACUUGGGGCUUCAGGAAAUUGGUAUGAGAUGGGCGUGGAUGGAUGGGGUGACCUAUAAGGAUUGGGCUAAGUUCCAUGCCCUUAAAAAGCAGUUCUCCGAGUGGCAUGACGAAGUGAGAAAUGUUGGCAUGGAAAACGAGGCUCUCUUGGAAGCUAGAGCCACUGGUGAUGAUAUAUUGUCUCGAGGGAUGGCGAUUGCAGAGAAGGCCGCCAAAGAACUUUUGAUGAUCAAAAAAGUUGGAAUUUGGAAAACCCAAACCGGUGACACCAGCGAUAAUUUUGAUAUAAGUGUUAUAGACCCUGCUAAAGUCCGCUCCAAAACGAAGUCGAACACGGGAUUGGGAUUUACCCCCGUCAUGGAGUCCCGAUCCAGCUCCCCACAGGCUUCCGCGGAAGAAUUACCUGCCGACUCAAUUGAUGAACGACGUUCUAGUUCAGAGAACAUUCCUCGGGAAACCAGGGAUACAUCGGAGACGACCGUACCGACUCAAAACGCGGGCUCCCCAGUUCUUCAGGAAGCUAGCGCGAUUAUCUUGGAUGCCGUUGACCGCGCGGAAACUGCGAGUAGCAUUGCUGAAGCUGAGGCCUUACAUCAUUACUCUACCAUACCUGAGGCCGCUCAGAAGAGUAUACAUGAACGGGUGAACGAUGUCUACUCCGAAUCGCUGCAAGAAGCAGCUGUAUCUCUCGAAUCUCGCGCGCAAGAAACGUCAAUGGUAUCCGAUGCACAACCAACAUCAAAUAUUAUUGGCGACAGGCCACAAGAAUUAGUGGCGGAUGGUUCGCGACCCGAGAACACUGCCACUAUCGACGAGGUCGAUGCCGAUACCCCAGCUGAAAUAUAUAUGGAUGACGAUAGUGUUGUUUUCGGGGAUGAUCAGGCUACUCCUUCUAUUAUCAAAUCGUCUGAAAUGAGCCAAAGGACUUGGACCCCAGAGCAACACUCGACGAAAGCAUGGGAGGUAGACACCGAAUCCCACCCAGCGUCAACCGACGUGAAUGAUUCCCUGGACGACACCGUACUUGAUGAACAGCAAAAUCCCAUCUCACCAACCUCACCGGACCACAGCCAGUCCACCGGAUAA